AUGAAUGACAUGAUUGUUUGUAAAAGAAAAGAUCUUCUUUAUCACAUCUAUGGUUGUUUUGAUGUGUGCAUAUUGUCAGUGUUAUUUAUUUAUGUUAAUCUAUUGUUUGGAGGUCCUUGUGAUAAUUACGCUAUAAGUUAUAUUGAAUUUAAGUAUAUUAGUUAUGGGCAUUUUAAUACUAACGUUAGUGUUAACAAAAUUAUUAUUGAGGAAAAGGUGAAUUUUGAAAAGAAACAUAAAGCACCUACACAUAAGAGCGAUAUUUUGCAUAUAACAAAUAUAUCAUUUACCCUUAAGCACGUGUUAACGCUUCAUGGACUAAUUUUCAAAAACAUUCAACCAAACAUUUUUUAUGAAUUACACCAGUGUUUGUCAAUGCUUUAUAUAUAUAUAAAUGAGCAUUCUAUAACUUUAAUGAAUGAUUUUCACAGAAAUUUUGUCACAAAUUCGCGCUUACAUGAAAACACAAAAGUAUGCAACAAUUUGCUUGCGUUUUCGAAAAGGAACAGUAUGUGCAAUAGUUCACUUUCACUUGUUCAGUACAAUUUUAAAGAAAACCUUUAUGUUUUAUUCGUAUAUUUCAUGUAG